AUGUCUUUUGUUACCAACGCCGAUAUUCUACUCAUAUUCGGAGAAUUAAGCAAAGUCCCUCGCGGCUACGAAUCCUUCUUCAGCCACGUCGAUGACAAUGUGCACUGGGAAAUCACAGGACAAAACGCUCUAUCAGGAGUAUGCAGGUCGAAGGCAGAAUUCUUGGAUAAGGUGUGGCUGCCGAUCAUCAAACUGAUAGCAGACCCAGGCCCUAUAUUUGAAAUAGCCUUCCCUGAUAGCGUGACAAGAAACGAGGAAGGGUGGGUUAACGUUGAAUUGAAGACCAAAGACACCCGAACAAAGUUGGGCAAUCGUUUGUAUAGCCAACAUUAUUCCUGGCACUGCAAGUUCAACUCAACAAAGAAGAUCGUUCAAGUGAGAUGUUUCUUCGACACAAGCCUGGCGGAAACUGUACUUCUGGAUGAGAAAUACAGACAAGAGACACUGGCCAUCCUGCCAAACGAUGCGUUAGAAAGGCCGGAAAAGGGCCCGGAAUACCCCUUAAUACCCUUCGAUCCCGCUUAUAAACGAUUCUUGAACGAGUUCUACCUCCUGAUGGACUCACCGAAUGAGCACGAGAAAUAUUCACAAUGCUUUACGCCCGAUGCUACGGUAAUAAUGGGAGAAAAGGAAGCGCGUGGUAGAGAAGGAAUAUAUGCCCUGAGAAAAGCAUUGUGGAAUCCAACUAAGCACUGCACACAUCGCCUCAAGCAAGUUUUCCCGUACGGGCCUAACUCUGAUGUGGCUAUGGUGCAUGGGACUCUUGAUUGCGUAUUCAAAGAUGGUUCUGCCAAGACAGUUGACUGGGCUGCAAGAUGUCACUUCGUCGUGCUAGAUCGAGUAUAUCUAUCUCGAUAUCAGAUCUAUAUAGCAGGUGAUGCAGCUGGGAGACCCAAAUCAAAUCUUUAA